AUGGCUGCAAGGAACGAGCAGCAGCAGUCAAAAAUGACCAAUGCUUCACAAUUCUUUGAAGCACUGAAGGAAUGUCAAUCAUUUAAUAAAAUGCUUGCGCCAGGAGUCACAAUUCUUAAAUUAAGGAAAUUGCCGCCAACUGUCAGAAUAGUAUACAUCGAUAAAUCGUUUAAGGGUUUUAUAGCGUUCUGCGUAGUAGCAAUAAAAAUUACAGAUAUUAUCCUGAAAAAUCUUUUCGUCGAAAUAGGAUCACAUUUUACAACGAGGAAUGUACAAUACGUAGUGGGACCAUUCGAUACUAAAAUAGAGAAAUGCUGUCGGGAAGUCUUUUUAGCCGCAGAAUACUAUUCCAAUUGGUAUCAGUUUAAACAGCUCAUAACGGAAAUUUGGUUCAGGAACAAUUUAAACCAGGAUCGCCAAGGAGUGUUAAACGCAGCGUUUAUCAUACCAUUAUUUCCGGAAAACAAACUUUUAGAUUCUCUCCGAGAAUUCAAGGAAUUUUCUAAAUCUCAGGGAGAAGAAUAUGCAAAUUUCUUAGCUGAGGUGGUGGAAUUAUUAACUGAGAUUGGUUCAAAAGUUUCUGUAGUUGAACAGAUUUUAAAGGAGGACUCCACCUUUAAUAAUGUUUUUAAUAUUUGCGAAAAGCAAUUUGAUGGCAUUAUUAAAAGUAAAUCUCUGGCAGAUCUAAUUGAGAAUUUUGAAGAAUUGGCUGCUAAAAGGCAAAUGAUGAAAUUAAAGUCGGAAGUAUCCUCGGAAAUUAGUGAUACAAUUCACAAAUUAAAACACUCACCAAAGAAGUUAACGGUCAAAGAAGCCUCCAUAAUUUUGCGCGAAGCAACCAAAAAAACUUCAAAAAUAACAAAACCUUCAAAAUUAACGCAACUGCAAAAAUGUAAUACAACAUCAAUUCCUUCAGAAAACUUAUCUGAAAAAAUUAUAAACAUAUCGGAAGAAUCUUCCAAUUUAGAAAUUGUCAUUAUAAAGAAAACUGAUGGAACAGAAGGAUAUGUCGAUCUUAUUGACGAGUACACUUUUCCGCUUGAUCGGGAGUUAGAAGAAGCCUUUAACCUUGAUGAAAGAGAAAAAAAAAUCGACCAGGAAAGAGAAAAGCUAGAUGAAAAUUUAGAUAACGAUUUAACCUGGGUAUCUAAAGAGAAUGAGUUGCAAUUAAACAGUCUUAACGAAUUUUUGAAAUUACCUGAAGAAUUAAAAGAUAAUUUAGAAAAUGAUCUAGUACAGUGGCUGUCUAAAAGUGAAGAAUUUCAACCGAGUGAACUUCACAAGAUUAUCAAAUCAUCUGAAAAAGAAAAUGAUGGUAAUGUUGAAGAUGAUAAUGAUGAUGAAGAUAAAUUAAAAUUUGAAUUGAAAGAGUGUCAGGUGAAAAAGGAGGGACUGCCAACAACCGAGAUUCCCAAAACAAUCAAAUCAUUACCGACCAUAAAAUCGAUUGAAACACUAAUUGCGGCAACCCCAAAAGAUCCAAAUCAAGCAGUUCCAGAAAAACCACAACAAAAUAGAAGACAUGAAGGAGAUGAAAAUACAACUUCAAAAAAUUCAAAUAAAGUAGUUCAAGAAACCUCACCACAAGGGAGAAGACAUAAGGAAGAUGAAAAUAAAUUAAUUUCGAUUGAAAAACAAAUUGUGACCCCUUUACAAAAUCAAAAUGAUGCAGUUCCAGGAACUUCACGACAGAAAAGAAUACAUGAGGCAGAUGAAAAUAAACCAGUGUUCAAAAAAAAAGGAAAGCCGACUGCAAGGUCAACGCAAUACAAAUUAAGAAAAUAUUAUCCAGAAUGGUACAAAGAAAAUUUCCAACCAUAUCAAAGAGGCAUAAACUACUGGAAUCAGUAUAAAAGAUAAAAAUAAGGUAGGAGUGGAAACAUAAG